GGAAGCUUUCAGGGGAUUAUUUUUAAAUUAUUUAACGUGGCAUUUGGCUUCCAACGGGUUAGCACCAAAAAGAUAAAUCUGCUGCUGCUGCUGCUGCUGCUGCCAUGGACACUCGCCUCGGAUCGGUUUAUGUUUUGUUGAAGCUAGUUCUUUUGCUGGCUCUCCUCUUCAGUGAAGCUGGUGCGACUGGCAUGAAAUGUAAUCACAUAUACAAAGGAUUUGCUGAAUGUUUGUUGAAGUUGGGAGAUAGCCUGGCCAAAAAUAUCGAAGGGGAGGCCGAAGAAGUGAAGGAACUGGACACGGUUUGCCGGUCCUGGGAUGAUUUUCACGCAUGUGCAGACUCGGUUCUGGAAGGUUGCCCUGCAGACACCGCCUCCAUUUGGGAGUCUCUGAGGAAGGAGUCGAAAAAGUUACAGUUUGAAGGCAACUUGCAUGAACUGUGCAGCUCAAGAGUGAGACCAUCUGGUACCAUGGAAAAUUCCGAUAGAAGCGAAUCAAACAGAGAGAGCCUGAAAGGUUCCUCCGGGUCACUGUGGUAUGGACUGACUACCCCCAUCCUGUCCAUCGCUGUGCUGGUGGUCAACAUGUAGCAAACUGACCCUACCAUGAUCUCCAGGUCAGCUCCCAGCAUUGAUCCCUUCACCGGAGAGACAAGAACACCAUUGAUAAAGACAAAAUGUUUGGCUGUUUAAAUGUCUUUGAAUGUUGUCUCUCUCUGUCGGUUAAGGAUGGUUGUUUUUAUAUUGUGUUCAAAUUACAUUAAUUUAAUGUACUUUUCAUUCAAAGAAUGUCACACAGCUUGAACGCUUAGUUGAUUCAAUAGACAAAAAUAAAAGUAGUUGCCCUGCUGCUUUGGAGGGUAAGUGUGCUGUGCCUGACUAGGAAAUCCCAGGUUCAAUUCCUAGAUUAGACUGAUUUAGAGUCUCUUAGAUAAAGGAUUGUUGGGCAUCUGCAGUGCUUGUGGGCCUACUAGGAAAUAUCAGCAAGCGUUUCCAUUACUGAUUGUGCACAUGUCAGACAUCUGGUGAGGGCAGGAUUUUCCCUGAUGAUAGUAUUCCCCAGGAUUGAAUAAUUUAAGUUACUCACUGCUAGACCCCCAUUUGAACAAAAACCAAUGAAGAUUGCAGAGGACUGUUGGUGUCUGUGGAACAGCAUCUUGGCAAGUUUCAGGCCCUCAUGGAAGUGGGUGGAAGGAUAGAGAAUUGCUAUGAUCAGUAUGAAACUAAAACAAGUUAAUGUAAUGGGAAUAUACAGAAAUAAUAACAGUAUGGGAAUUGUUUGAUGUGACUAUGUGCCUUGCAAGCAAAUUACAUGCAGUAUAGGAAUUGAACGAAAAAAGUAGUUUGGAGAUAGAGUCAUAGAGUCAUAGAGAUGUACAGCAUGGAAACAGACCCUUCGGUCCAACCCGUCGAUGCCGACCAGAUAUCCCAACCCAAUCUAGUCCCAGAUGUCAAUAUCUAUAUAGUAAAAACUGACUUUUCACUCAAAUGCAUUCCAGCUUAUGCCAUCUUGAUUCAGUUGGUUAUGCUCUCACCUCUCAUUGUAGGAUUUAUGAUCAUAAUCUAGGCUGACACUUCAGCACAGGACUGAGCGAAUUUAUUCAAAGGGCAGAGAACAUUGAGUUGAAGUCCUAUUAAAUCACCAACUUCUCCAAUUUGAUUGCUACCUAUAAACGUUAUUUGGCCAAGGCACAAAAUCACUUGCAGUGUCGCUUUCUAUAUCUCCUGAUGCAUUGUGCACCUGUUCUGUCUAGCAAUAGCAGAAAUCAGGUGAUUGAAAGAAGUACAACUUGCACUUCUGGCAUUUGAGCUGUAACAGCCCGAGCAACUAUCAAGGAUAUGUGACGUUUUGCAUUUGUGGGCAUGUCUGAAUUUUCUCAAAACAUACCCACAUUAUUUAACAAUAUCUUCACACUGUUACUUUUUUUCUUUUCUUUUAAAUACAUAAACUAGCUAGAAAUCAACUAAAUCUAAUCCUUUUCUUUUACAUUACAUUGAGUAUA